AAGCUCAGGAUGGUUACCCCUGAAGAGGAUACCGAGCACCGACAAUAUGACAAUGGCAAAACAUGAAAUGACAAAGCAAGACCAUGCCUGCACCGCGCUCACAAUGGGCUUCAUUUUGGGCUGCAGAACGCAGAAGAACGUAGACUGCUUCAGCAGACAGCGCAGAAUGUCCAGUGAUAUUAGUCUCGACUUGUCGCGCGCAUGAAGGAGUCUUUGGGUUGGCUUGGCGCACAAUUGAUGGUUUGGUGGUUGGAGUGCUCCCAACAAGGCACGCCAGAGUCGGCCCACUAUAGAUCCGAAACCACCGAGUUCUUGCCUGACGAUUCAGGCAUAAAAUCUGUCCAAUGUGGGGUACGCGAUUUAUGUUGCCGUACGGAGUAUCUUGCCGUCCUCAAGUUGCUCAUGACGGAUAUUUCGUCGCCUUUCCUUCAGAACGUCGUCAUUUCGCAGUAAGCCUUGUCCCGCCCGAAAGGGCAUACACGACAACGCGGUGCCCCGGAUGCAGGCUGCCGGUCCUCAAGACUCGCCGGGCUGCAAGACGGCGAAGUGCCAUCCGCCGCUGUGGGUUGCACGGGCAUCGGACCCUCCCUUAUUAUCCGAUGCAGUAACUCCUCCCCAUCGGACUGGAGGUGCUCAACUUAUCCUCCCGGGCCUGAGAGUUCCGUGUUUG